UAUUUAUUGAAAAGUUGAUUUAAAUUGAACAGAAUUUAUAUGUCAAACGUAGUAUAAAUAGGACCUCUAUGGUUGCCCGAAUGCACAUAUGACAUAACAAACAACAAUAUUCUACGUAGUACUUCAUAGAAUUAUCUAUCUAAGAUGAUGAUGAAAAAAAUGGGGGCUUGGAUGUUGCUAGCAUUAUUGACUUUGGUUGGCGACUGGUGUGGUCGUUGUUAUGGGUGUUUGGAGGAAGAGAGAAUUGGUCUCUUAGAGAUCAAACCUUUGAUCGACCCAAACAGCAUUUACAUGAGAGAUUGGGUGGAGUACAGUAGUAAUUGUUGUGAGUGGUAUGGCAUCAAGUGUGAUAACACUACAGGGCGAGUGAUCCGACUCUCUCUUUGGGAUGCAAGGGAUCAGAGUUUGGGGGAUUGGGUUCUCAACGCAUCUUUGUUUCUGCCUUUUAAGGAAUUGCAAAGUCUUGAUUUGGGUUAUAAUGGAUUAGUUGGUUGCUCUGAGAAUCAAGGCUUCGAAGUCCUAUCAUCAAAACUGAGGAAACUGGAGGUACUUGACCUAAGUGAGAACCGAUUUAAUGAUGAUAAAAGCAUUUUAUCAUGCUUCAAUGGGCUUUCCGCUCUCAAGUCUUUGGAUCUGUCAGACAAUCAGCUGACAGGAUCAGGUCUCAAAGUCUUGUCAUCAAGGUUGAAAAAGCUGGAGAACCUUGACCUAAGUUGGAAUCAAUGCAACGAUAGCAUUUUUUCAUCUAUAACUGGGUUUUCAUCUCUCAAGUCUUUGGUUCUGUCAGCCAAUCAGCUGACAGGAUCAGGUCUCAAAGUCUUGUCAUCAAAGUUGAAAAAGCUGGAGAACCUUGACCUGAGUGACAAUCAAUGCAACGAUAGCAUUUUUUCAUCUCUAAGUGGGUUUUCAUCCCUCAAGUAUUUAAAUCUAUCACAGAAUCAGCUGACAGGAUCAUCUACUGGUAUCAAUAGUUUUCAAGUGCUAGCUUCAGCGUUGAGGAAUUUGGAGGAACUUCGUCUGAGUUACAAUAAAUUGAACGACAACAUUUUAUCAUUUCUCAGUGGAUUUUCAACUCUCAAAUCUCUAGAUUUAUCAGACAACAUGUUCACAGGAUCAACUGGUCUCAAUGGUUUAAGGAAUUUGGAGGAACUUUAUCUGGGUUCCAAUAAAUUUAACAACAACAUUUUAUCAUCUCUCAGUGGAUUUUCAACUCUCAAAUAUCUAGAUCUGUCGAACAAUAGCUUCACAGGAUCAACUGGUCUCAAUGGUUUAAGGAAUUUAGAAACCUUGUAUCUGGGAAACACUGACUUCAAGGAAAGCAUUUUGAUAGAGUCAUUGGGAGCGUUGCCAUCCCUCAAGACCUUAGAUGCAAGUUAUAGUAAUUUUACACACUUUGGGAAAGGGUUGUGUAAUUCGUCUAGCCUUGAAGAAGUGUUCCUCGAUGAUUCUUCACUCCCAGCAAGCUUUCUUAGGAACAUUGGACCCUUGUCUACUCUUAAAGUCCUAUCCUUGGCCGGAGUUGACUUCAAUAGCACCCUACCUGCUCAAGGUUGGUGUGAACUGAAGAAUCUUGAAGAGCUAUAUCUCUUAGGAAACAAUCUAAAGGGUGUACUCCCUCCUUGUUUGGGAAAUCUAUCAUUUCUACAAAUCUUGGAAUUAUCUCACAAUCAAUUGGAGGGAAAUAUUGCCUUUAGUCACCUUUCCCAUCUUACGCAGCUUGAAUACCUCUCAGUUUCAAAUAACUACUUUCAAGUUCCAAUAACAUCUGGUUCAUUUAUGAACCUCUCCAACCUCAAGUUCAUUGCAUGUGAUAACAAUGAGCUAAUAGCUGCACCCAGUUUUCAGCCUUCAGCUCCCAAGUUCCAGCUUCUUUUCUUUAGUGCUUCAAACUGUACUCCAAAACCACUCGAGGCUGGAUUUACAAACUUCCUGCAUAGCCAAUACGAUUUGAUGUUUGUUGAUCUAUCCCACAACAAAUUCGUUGGAGAACCUUUCCCAUCUUGGCUGUUUGAGAAUAAUAGAAAGUUAAAUCGACUAUAUUUGAGAGACACCUCAAUUACAGGUCCUUUGCAGCUGCCACAACAUCCAACACCCUACCUUCAGACAGUAGAUAUUUCUGGCAACACCAUACAUGGUCAAAUUGCAAGGAACAUAUGUUCGAUUUUUCCACGUUUGAAGAACUUCUUGAUGGCUAACAACAGCCUCACAGGUUGCAUUCCUCGUUGUUUUGGGAAUAUGAGCUCUCUCGAAUACUUGGAUCUUUCCAACAAUCACAUGUCUUGUGAACUGCUUGAGCAUAAUUUGCCAACAGUAGGCUCCUCGUUGUGGUUUUUGAAGCUGUCCAACAACAACUUCAGUGGGCGAUUACCACCAUCUGUGUUCAACAUGACUUACCUACUUUACCUCCUUCUAGAUGGAAACAAAUUUGUAGGAGAAGUACCAGGUACUUUUUCUCUUGAAUCAUCACUUUUGUGGUUGGAUAUCAGUAACAAUCUUUUGUCAGGAAUGCUUCCAAGGGGAAUAGGGAACUCUUCAAAAAGCCAACUUGAUGGAAUUGAUUUGUCCAGAAAUCAUUUUGAAGGUACCAUUCCAAUAGAAUAUUUCAAUUCUCAUGGGCUUGAAUUUUUAGAUCUUUCUGAAAACAAUCUGUCUGGGUCUUUGCCGUUGGGCUUCCAUGCAUCAGAUUUACACUAUGUCCACCUUUACAGAAAUCAAUUGAGCGGUCCACUGCCAUAUGCUUUUUGUAAUCUCUCUUCGCUGGUUAUAUUUGAUCUCGGCGAUAACAACUUAACUGGGCCCAUUCCAAAUUGGAUUGAUAGCCUUUCGGAAUUGAGCAUUUUUGUUCUCAAAUCUAAUCAAUUCAAUGGGAUACUUCCUCAUCAGUUAUGCUUGUUAAGGAAAUUAAGCAUAUUGGAUCUUUCAGAAAAUAAUUUUUCUGGUCUGUUACCCUCAUGUUUGAGCAAUUUAAAUUUUACGGCAUCGGAUGAAAAAACUUCGGUUGAGCCUGGUAGGAUGUCAGGAGAUGAUGGAAUCCAGGAAGAAAUAUUUGCAUUGAUAGGUUAUUAUCUUGAUGACAAAAUUGUGUUGCCAGUGAUCGAUGUAAAAAUAGCUGUGGAGCUUACAGCAAAGAAAAAUUUCUACUCUUACGAAGGCGGUAUCCUUCGUUACAUGUCUGCUUUGGAUCUUUCUUGUAACAGAUUCACUGGAGAAAUACCGACAGAAUGGGGAAACUUAAGUGGGAUAUAUUCUCUAAAUCUGUCACAUAAUAAUCUCACUGGAUUGAUCCCUUCAUCCUUCUUCAAUCUGAAGCAGAUAGAGAGCUUGGAUCUUUCUCACAACAAUUUGAAUGGGAGAAUUCCUGCACAACUCGUUGAACUGACCUUUCUAGCUGUUUUCAACGUGUCGUACAAUAAUUUGUCAGGAAGAACACCGGAGAUGAAAAAUCAAUUUGGUACCUUUGAUGAAAGCAGUUAUAAAGGGAAUCCUCUUCUUUGUGGACCUCCAUUGCAAAACAGUUGCGACAAGACAGAAUCACCAUCAGCGAGAGUGCCUAACGAUUCCAACGGAGAUGGUGGCUUCAUAGACAUGUACAGUUUCUAUGCCAGCUUUGGUGUGUGUUACAUAAUUGCGGUGUUGACAAUUGCAGCAGUACUGUGCAUAAAUCCGCAUUGGCGACGCAGGUGGUUUUACUUCAUUGAAGAAUGCAUCGACACUUGCUACUGCUUUUUGGCUAUAAACUUUCGCAAGUUGUACAGAUUCAGAAGGUGAUUGGGUCUUAUCAUGAGCGUGCGGGCUGCUUUCUGAAUUUGUUGCAAUCCUCUGUGGAGAAGAAGUCGCAUUCCAAAUCAAUGGUUGCUCACAACAUGUAUAGCAAUUUGCCUGUGAGAAGUGUUCUGUCGAAGUGUGGUUCUUGUUGCUUAGCCUUUCUGUUUUGACAUGACUUGUGUUUGUCCUUGUGCUUGUAUCCAUAUUUGUUUGUUUCUUUGUUAUGUUUUAAUUAUGUGGCGUUUUGGUCUUAGAUUUGGAGAAUGAGCAACCAACCAAUAUUUCUUGGCUUCUUGUGAUUACUAUAUCCCUAAUAAUAUGGAAUUUAUUCACAAGAAAUAGUUUACAGUAGCGUAUUUUCUCAAUUAAAAUAACAAUUAAUAGAACCAAAAGAUCAUACCAGCAAGGUGAAAUGUGGUUCUACAAUAAUUUUGUUUGCUGAAAGAACACAAGUCUAAACUUAAAACAAGGCAACGACAUAAUCUGCCUUCCUUGCAAUAAUGUGCUUGAUUGCUCGUAUUUAGACCUCCUCUCCUGUCCCGUUUGCCUCAUCCAUGUAAAAAGCAAAUAAACAAACAUAAAGUUCGAUACUUUUAAUUGAAUUGAAUUGCCAGUAAGUUCUUUGUCCAUUUAAACAGAGGAUUUAACUUUCAUGUA